AUGGCUUCAUCUGCCAUGGCCUAUGAUGCAACACGCUCGCCACCUCUGUCAAGAAAGACUUCGCCGUUCAAAGAUCCUCGCCCUCCACCAUGUACUCCAGCGAAGACAGCGAAAGCCUGGGAUGAGUACGAGAAGCAAGCGAGGCAGAAUGCAAGGAGAAGGGACCGCGCCUCACAAUCAUCACAAAUCCAGCGCAACUCAGCAUCGUCAGAUGUCGGCAAGGGGUCAAAAUCUUCAAGCUCCACUGCAAGGUCAAGCUACGACUUCAAGUUUCGAAAAGUACUCAUUCCUGCAUCGACAGAGGUCGCUACCUGCAAGAGCUGCAAACAAUCUAUCACAUAUACCUCAGGGGUCUGCGAUCGUUGCAAGAAGAUUAUCAUCCUUCCAUCUACCACCGGUGAAUCGACACCGCCUCUCAGCCCCGCAGCUCGCAACUUCGCGUCUACGGAUCUCCACUUGCUCGAGAAGAAGACAUCGCUGGAGGAAGCAAGUUCGCGAUCACCAAGCUCAAAACAUAGAGGCUGUCCGCCUGCGUUAGAGCUCACCAAUCCUCCUAUCCGACUCGAUUCACUACGGCCCCCACCAACCACCCAGGAUCUUAUGGAAGCCAACCGCAGCCGCAAAGCUUCCUUGACUGACCCUAAUGAGCCUUUUCUCCGCUUACAAUAUGCUCAUCAAUACGCGCCUCACGCAUGCUCUAUUCCCACAACACCCACCUACCCACCCACAAGCCCUCCUUCAACAAUUCCAUCUCGCGUCUCCACUCGGCCCUCGAGCUUCGCACAGAUGACGUCCCCACUCAUCCAAAACGCCAUUAUACCAUCUUACACGCGCCACAACAGCGCCACACCUUCCGAACUCAGCCAGCUACGUCACUACACUUCCGUUUCCAUGGCAGCUACCUCGCCACCCUCCCUGCACCGUGUAAGCAACACGCUCCAGAACACAACCUCGGCGUGGGACGACUGGGACUCAGACGGCGAAGAGAGAGUCCGUCUUGUCGGCUACUGGAAGCGCUGCGGCAAAGACAAGACGGCGCCCGCGAGCUCCGCCAAGGGCAAGGAAAAGGAGCACGAGCGCGAGCGCGCCGACAGCAAGGUCAGCGUGUCCAGCAGCGAGGAGCGACGCAGCCACGAAAAACUUGACAAGAAGAAAAGCAGCUUCGAUCGCAGGAGUGAAAAAAAGCAAAGCAAAGAAUGCUCCAGAAGCCAGAGCAGGAUGGGCAAGCACGACGAGGCAAAAGCAAGCUCCGCUUCGACGGAAAGGGAAGAGUACAAAAAGCACAAGAAAAGGCCCAGUGGGUUCAUUCGCGCCAUCAGCUGUGGAUGCUGA